UGCCUGGUAUGCUCACUGAAAAAAAAACUCCGAUUAUAAAUACUUUGAAAAACUUAUCAUAAAUUUACAUUCAAUCAACACACAUCUCCCGGCCUAAAAAAAAAUUGAGAGUAAAGGGUUAUAUUCGGGUAGUUGGAAACAGUUUCGAAGAAAAUAGAAGAUCAUCCAACGCAACCCGGAAGUCGACUCCUAAAAAAAAGAUUAUGCGUUGAUGCACUCCCAAUUCACCUCAGUUCAUCUGUGAUAACUAAAACUCCAUUGAAAAAGGAAAUUCCAUCGCUAUCAUCACACGAACAUGUGACCUAUCACCCAAUUCCUGUUGACGUUGUCUUUCCCUCACGUUGCCUUGGGUAAUCGUGAUACUCGGAUGUGAAAAAAGUGAAAUAAUAAUAAUAACAACAACAAUAAUAAUAAUAAUAGUAAUAAUAAUAAUAAAAGUGACGAUUAAAAAAAAAAGAAUUAAGGUCAAGUAGUUAAAUAUCAAGUGUAUUAGUUAAUUUUUUGGGCAAUUUGCCCGCUUGCUACAUAUGGACUUUGUGACACCACAAACUUUUCCUGCUAAUAAGGAAUAUCAAGACAAUUAUUUAAUAAAAGCGGAAAAAAUUCCCGUGGCUAUGGUUGUGGCAAGUAGUGGUUGGGUGCAGAAUGUCAAUUUCACGAAUCAAAAUAAUAACAACAUGAGUGCAGAGAGUGAAACUAACAAGAUGAGCGCCAAAGGUGUGCUAAUAUGCCGUGAUAAUUCUCAUGCAUUUGAGGACAGGACACUUGUUCUCGAUUUACCUGUGAAAAUCGGCAGAUCAGUGGCACGUACACGUGCAGCAUCAGACAAUGCAAUCUUUGAUUGCAAAGUCUUAUCGCGUAAUCAUGCAUUACUAUGGUACAACGCUGGAAAAUUUUAUUUGCAAGACACUCGAAGUAGCAAUGGGACUUUUGUUAAUAAUCAACGUCUCAGUUCCACUGGUUUACAAUCUAAAGCCACCGAAGUUUGCUCAGGUGACAUUGUCCAAUUUGGUGUGGAUGUUAUGGAGAGUACGAGAAAAGUGACACACGGAUGUAUAAUAGCCACCCUUAAGCUUUUUUUGCCUGAUGGAAAAGAGGCAAAGGCUUCUAGAACUACGUAUGGUAGCAGUGCAGCUGGAGAUGUUACCCUGGAGGACCUCUACAAAUUAAAUCAAUACGUCCAGGAGGCUAGUAGACGUGAACAGGUACUUCAUUCGAAACUGGGCUAUCUACAGAAAUUGGUGGAAAACACGAGAAAAGCAGCAACACAAUCUUGGAAGGCCUUGAUUGACGAGGACCGAUUACUGACGCAUGUGAAAACUAUCGAAAGCCAACUCUGUGCUUACUCUAAGAACUUCACUGAGGAGAAAAUAAGAACCGAACUUAUUAAGCUCGAGGAGCAAAAAUCUCAGUACCAAAUUGCUGCCAAGGAAGCUCUGCAAAAAGUUCAUCAGGAAAAAUUAGAAGUGACGCAGAAAUUAAUGGCUCUCGAGAGUCGUCUUAAUGAAACCGAAGAUGAAUGCCAAAGUCUCCAUGAAAUUUCAAAACAUUCGCAAAUGGAGUUGCAGGAAUUGGCCUCAAAGUACACCACAGCGCAGAAGAAUCUCGCGCAAUUGGAGGCGAAGCUGGCUGAGAAAGAACAAACCUCAACAGAAAUUGUUCUUUCAACCGCACAGGAAAAGCAACAUCUGAUGGAGAAGGUGAUGCGUCAAUCAAAAAUUGGUCAUUUCCUUCGGCAGAAGCUGAAUGAGAAUCGUUCAGACUCUGUGAAAAUUCACAAGGAAAUAACUAGCCUUCGAAAUUACAUGCAAACUCUCCAGGAUAUGAAUUCAAAAUUAUCCGAAGAUUCGAAAGACGGGCUGAAUCCAAUUGAAGCAAUUAAUACAAUUCUGGAUAUCUUGAAUGAAAUGAUUGCUGAUUCAGAGAAUAUUGAUGAUCUUGAAAAUCUUGCUGUGAGUGAGGACAAUCAAAACAAACUACAAGAAAUUGAUUCUACCGAAAAAAUCACCAAUUCCUCUAUUUUAUAUGAAAAGAGUGAAGCAGAAGAAUCAACCAAUGAAAACCAAAAUGAUGCCGACUACAUUUUGCCCCCACACUCAAGGCGAACAUUAGUCAACGGUAAAACAAAUUUUGAUGGAAACCAAGUAGAGAAUGAAGCGAACUGUGCAACGUGUGAGGACACAAGUAGCAUCGCUAGUGACGACACUUGUAGUUUAAUAGACGAGGAGUUUGGUGAAAAAUCUGUCACGGAAAUAAAACCAGUGGAGGAGAAAAUCACUCGAGACGUUAACACAUUGGAAGUUCGAUUUGCAACUGAUCUUAAUGGAGAUCAGCUGGAGGUACAUUACGACCCUGAGGAGGAAAAUGUGGUUCAGGGUGAUGAUUCAUCAGACUCUGCGGACUCUCCAAAUGCAUCUAUAUCCUCAACAACUGCUAUAGAUGGGAAGGAGGAGGAGAAAGGAGAUGAUCUCGAGGAGAAAGAAAAUGACCUGGAACUUGAUGAGCAGGAGGGUGAGCAUCUCGAGGGUGAUUAUGUCAAGACACUAAAACCUUUGACCAAGAGUGAGAGCUUUUCUCAGUGUAAUCAUAAUCGAGCUCAUAUUCUUCAAACAUUCAUUGCAACACUAGAGUCUCUAAAAGGUGAUGACGACUUGGAAGCUCAGCACCUUGUUAAUUGCGAGUUGAAUGAACUGCGAGACUGGUUGAUUCGAGAGCCAAACGAACAAGUGAUCGAAAAACUCAAACAACUUUACUACCGUGUCAAGAACGAAAACUCGAGGCUGCAGGAGGUCAAUGAGGAGCUUGUUAUUCUCAAAGAAAAAUUCAAUGUCUGCAACAUGGAGAAAUCAGCACUGACAAAGCAGUUGAAUACGUUCACAACACAUUGUGGUGAUUUAUUAAGUGCAAGCUACAGUGUGCCAAUUCAAUACUUUGCACCAAUUGCCAUUGCUUUCGGUUGGAUGUUACUCGAGAAGAUGUUUUAAUGGAAGAACUAUUUAGAUUACGAAUGUAAAUAACGAGUAAAGUCGUUCGAAGGGAUAAAUAUCGAUCCAGGUUUUAUUAUGGAUUUGAAAUAAUGAGAUUAGUGUUUUCCUUUUUGUCUUAAACGAAGAGAAAAAUGUAGACGAUUUGAAGUGUGAUUGUAAAUUGUAUAUAAUACCAUUACUAUAUAUUGUAAAUCGGGACAUUAAAAUGAUGGAUUUGUUUGGUGGACAAGUUCUUAGAAUUUGAAAAGAAUAGCGCAAUCGAGAGUAGAUAAUAUGACGGUUGCUACAAAAACUCAAUGAGCUGCCAAUGUUCAAUUAUAUAUCUAUUAUUUUUCUUAUAACAAGUUAUUUCAUUUGAACGAUGAAGAGCUUUUAAUACGAUAGACUUUCAUGUUCAUGGGUGCACAACUGUUGGAUGUCAGUUUGUUUUUAUUUAUUCUAUAUUACAAAAUGGCCAAUUGCGUAUGUGUAUACUCGUGUCGUUCUGUAAUAUUACAAAUACUAGAUGAAUUUAAUUUUCCAUCCAAGGUUAAAGUUCGAUUGAUUGAUUUUUAAUGAUAUUCAUAUGUUUUUCGAUAUGUUUAGGUAACAAUUAAUCUAUUGAAAAUUACAGAAGAAAAGUAACAAAAUGUUUAAGUUCGAUAAGAUCUGCCGGUUGGAUUUAUAAUUUUUUUACUGUUGAAAAAGACCAUUUUGUUACUCUGCCAUUCACUUAAUAUUCGAAAAUAGAGAAAUCGUCAUUACGAUUGAAAAUUGAAUUAAUUCUAAAAUUUUUAGCUUUUAUUCAACGACCAAUCGCAUAAACUUGCAACGGCCUAUGGUAUUUCUUUUUUCAUUGUUUUUCCAUCGCUUCUUUUUUAUACGGAACAAAAAAUGUUAAUCCAAAAAUAUAAAAAUGAAAUAAAUUGAAUAGGAAAUUAAUACACGAGAAUAGAAAAAUAUGGAAUCACGAAUUAUCGUAUUUUCUUCAAAAUUGAUUCGUUUACAUAGAGUGCCUUUUUUUCGAGAUCAAUGUAUUUAUCAACUUGUUGCCGUGCAUUGCCUUUUUUAUUCUACAUCCACAAAGGUGGAAUGAAAAAGGGACUACUAAUAAGGAAUGAAAAGUUGGAGAGAAUAUCUCACUUUCCAAGUGUCAAAAACCUUCGUGAAAUCGAAAAAAAAUCAUAAAUUGUAUUACUAUAGAGAAUUCAUGUAAAUACCAUUGUUGAUAUAAUAUACUCGUGUGCCACAGUCAUUAUGGAUACAAAAAUAACGGAAAAUAAAAACUGAAUAAAAGUAUAAAGCAACGGUUCAA